UACAUGUAUACAAAGGUGUAAAUACCGGUAUGUGGUUAAUAGUAUUUUUAUUUCAAAAUAAGCAAACAGUUUUAUGUUUUCGAAUCAAAUGCAUUAUACAUAAAAUCUUACCGAUACGAAUUCAUUCUGAUAUGAGUCAUUUAUUAUGUUUCUGGACAUGGGAACAAUUUGUAGUCAAUAUAUUUAUCCUCGAGCCAAUUCAUUGAAUAUAUGCGGUUAACCGCUACGUAUUAUUCGCAGCGAAUGUAAAUGCUCGGCCUAUUUGUAUUAGUUUGUUUCAAUGAAACUUUAACCAAUCGCAUCGUUUAUGUGGCAGGAAAACGGUAGAAUAUGUAAAUGAAAACAAACGAGAAACUUAUAAAAGCAGAUCAACUCUGCUGUCAUCAUAUCAUUCUAACAAAAGCUUCGGUAAGCGAUUAGACAAAAAUCAACAACGAAAACAUCGAUUUCAUCACCCUCACUUCCGCACACAGUGGUAAAUAGAGAAAAAGUUACUUUGCAGAAAUAUCUAAGAUCAGAAGUCAAUUCCAAUAUGUUUGAUGCUAAUGGAGAACCACUGUCGUUUACUGCUAUUGUAAAUGGGGAUAUGGAAACUCUGUCCUUUUUAAUUGGCCACUCUGAUGUCAAUUUGGCGAGUGAAGAUGGAAGAACAGCUCUCAUGAUUGCUGUAGAAAUGAACGAUAUGAGCAUGGUCAAAAAACUAAUUAAAUCAGGUGCUCGGGUAGACAGCAAGGACAAUUCUGGCAAAACACCAUUGUUGUUAGCACUAGAGAAUGGAAAUUUCAACAUUGCAGAAUACUUGAUCAAGCAUGGAAGCGACGUCAAUGAAGUCGACCAUCUUGGCCAGUCCGCUCUUCUUUUUGUGGCAAAUGCUGACUGUUAUGGUUCCUCGAAAAUCGUAAAAAUCCUUAUCUGUUGUGGAUACGUUUUGAAGGAUUGUGACAGCUGGUUGUGCCUUGACAGCUUUACAAAGAACAAAACGAAAGAGUCUAAAUACGGAAAUUUGAUUCAUAAACUGAAGCAAUCUUUGAAAAUCAUGUCAAAUUCCAAAAGUAAGAUUCAAUGAGAAUUUUUGAAUUUGGUCUGUGCCUGUGCAGACUUUUACAUGAAUCUCACAGAAAGGAGUUAAUGUACCUAUCGAGCUUGGGCUGUGCAUCUUUAGGAUCAGCAAACAGAGAGCCGUUUCACAUCUCUUCUAAGACAAAAGUUCCAAACUGGAAUUUCAUGCGCACGUAAACAUUACAGAACAUGCUUAAAGAGGAUGAUUGACAUUGAUUGACAUUGACAAAAUUCUGACUCUGGAUAUGCUGACUAUAAGACCUCCUUUCCCCAUGUACUGAAACAAUUUAAGCGAUAGGCGUAGCAUGGAUGGGAUGGUCCCCAUGCGGAAGUUCUACGGUACAACAGCGCAUGUUAUGCAAAUCAAAUAAUGAAGUCAUGCAAUUUAACUCAAACCAUGAUUGAAUUUUUCAAUCAUGGUUUUGAAUAAAAUAGUCCAUCAUACAUAUAUCCCUGUGUUUAAGGAUGUCAAUAAUUGAAAUAAAAAAGAUACCAUGUGUA